CAAGAAGGUGUCCAGACUGGGUUUGAACGACUCCAGAAACGAAGACUCCACCACCUCUCUGGGCAGCCUCUUCCAGGGCUCCAGCACCCCCAGUGCAAAGAAUUGCCCUCUCAUGUUUCAGUGGAGCUUCCUCUGUUCAAGUCUGUGCCUGUUACCCCUUCUCCUGUCACUGGGCACCACCCAAACAAGACUGGCCCCAUCCUGCUGACACCCACUCCUGAAGUACUGAUAUGCGUUGAGGCGAUCCACCUGCAGCCUUCUCCUCUCCAGGCUACAACCCCCUGAGUCCUUCAGCCUUUCUUCCCCUGAGAGAUGGUUUGGUCUCCUAAUUAUCUUCGUAGUCCUUCAUACCCCUGAAGCCCAAGAGCAGUUUGCUGCUGGAGGUGGUGAGCAUGAGGACACCAGUGCUGUGGUGAAGGACCAGGAGGAUGCUGUUGAGUGCUUGGCUCAGGUGAAAGAGAUGAGAUUUACUAACUGAGAGUGCUACAGAGGAGGCACAGCAGCCAGGCUGGGCUCAAGAUCUGAUAUCCACCAUCCUAGAGAGAGAGAGAGCCCAGUCCUCAGUGUGAAUCAGAAAGGUAUGUCAGGAAUUGUCAGAAAAGGGUUUGAGAUCGAAGCCAGUGGAGGUCUCUGUGCUGCUGAGUGCCUGGCCCCUUCUGUCUCUGGUGGUUCUGUUGCCCAGUGACUCAGGAGAGUGAAAAGGAGCAUCUGGCAUGGAAGAGGAACUCGACAGCGAAAGACAGGACUGAGGGCAAGGCAGGGAAACAGAGGUACAGGAAAGAGAUGGAGGCUGUGGAGAAGGAAAGGGACAGGGAAUAAUGGUUCAUUGCUCUCCAAAGCACUGGAUUUGGGAAUACCUCCUGAAAAGACAAUCCAGAAGUUCCUAAAAAGAUGAUGCCAAAAUUUGGGAUGCUCCUGGAGAAGACAGUAUGGAAACUAGGGAUAUCCCCUGAGGAGAGAGUGCAGAAACUGGAGGUUUCUCCUGGGAAGCUACUACAGAAAUCUGGGCUAUCCACUGGAAAGAUAGCACAGAAACUGGGGAUACCUCCUGAAAAGAUUAUUUCAGUGGAGCAAAAGGAGAUGUUUUUCAGCUGAGUAAGGCUGUCCUUAUCCUUGGAUCUAUACCUCUAAUUUAAGACUUCAUAGCCCUCAAACCCCUGUUUUCUCCCCCUGCGCACAGACCUCCUUUCCCUGUUGCUGGCCGUCGAGGAGCCGGGUCUGCCCCCGCUACCUGACAGCUGGCAGCAUCCAUCCCACGUGGAACACUCUUGCUGCCCCCCCGUGUCUUCCCCGCCUGCCCGGGACCCUCCCCGCUGCCGCCCGGCCGCCGUCUCCCCGCCGCCGGCCCCUGCGCGGCUCCUUUAAGGCCGGUGCGUGAUGUCACCGGGGCCCGGAGACACUGUGCGGACGGCGGGGAGAGUGCCGGGGGGACCCCUGCGCUCCGGUGACCCUCUGCCCGCUGGGGCACCCCUGCCCGGAGGGGACCGGUGGCCGGCGGCCCCCCUGCCCGCCUGGCACCUUCUCUUUGUCCGGUGGAGAUUCUCUCCGCGGCGGGGACGGCUGCCCGGUGGAGACCCCCUGCGUGGAGGCACCCAGAGCCCGGCGAGGACUCUUCUGCCCAGCGAGACCUUCCUGCCCAGUGGAAUCCCCUGCCCGGUGGGAACCAGCGCCUGGAAAGGAAAGUCCUGCCUGGCGUGAGCCUCUUUCCCGUGGAACCUCCUCCCCGUGGGGACCCCUGCCCGCUUGAGGAUUCGUUGCCGCCGGAGGGACUCUCGGCCCGGUGGGGACCCUCUGCCCGGUGGAACGGUCUCGGCGGCUCAGGAUGGGCAGCCUCCAGCUGCAGGACUUCGCUGCGGGCUGGGUGGGCGGAACUGUCAGCGUGUUUGUGGGUCACCCCCUGGACACAAUCAAGACUCGACUGCAGGCUGGACAGGGCUAUGGGAACACACUCAGCUGCCUGCUCACCGUCUACAGAAACGAGUCCGUGGCUGGGUUCUUCAAGGGCAUGUCCUUCCCCCUGGCCAGCGUGGCUGUCUACAGCUCCGUGGUGUUUGGAGUCUUCAGCAACACCCAGCGGCUCCUGAGCCAGCUGCGCCACGGCGACCCCGCGCAGCCCCCGGCCCUGGCCGACACGCUGCUGGCCAGCACGCUGGCAGGGCUGGUCUCCGUGGGCAUCGGCGCCCCCGUGGACCUGGUGAAGAUAAGGCUGCAGAUGCAGACACAGUCAUACACUGCAGACCCCAGAACACAGCCCACGGUUGCUGGCUCCCCGGCGUACCGGGGCCCGGUGCACUGCUUCAGGACAGUGCUGCAGAAAGAGGGACUGGCAGGGAUCUACCGAGGUGCUGCAGCAAUGCUCCUGAGGGAUGUGCCUGGAUACUGCCUCUAUUUCAUCCCCUACACCCUGCUCUGUGACUGGAGUGUCCCCGAAGGAGGCGUUUCCCCCACUCCCUCCUCGGUCUGGCUGGCUGGGGGUGCAGCAGGAGCCAUUUCCUGGGCGGUUGCCACUCCCAUGGAUGUUGUGAAAAGUCGAAUCCAGGCGGAUGGAGUUCAUUUAAGCAAGUACAGAGGCACCCUGGACUGCAUCCUGCAGAGCUACCAGAGCGAGGGCUUCAAAGUCUUUUUUAGGGGCAUCACGGUCAAUACAGUGCGAGGAUUCCCAGUGAGUUCAGCCACAUUUCUUGGCUAUGAACUUUCCCUCAAAGCAAUGAAAAGAGGCCAGUCUGAGAGCAGUCCUUAACUUCCAGGUCAGCACAUAAAGCCCCUCUAGCUUUAUUCAAAUGAGAGAAUCAAUCUUGGAAUCAAAUGGAGCUGCAAUUGUACUGAUCCUCUGACAGGCAGAGAGCUUCCACGGGUACCGAGACCUCAGCAGCCAGACACGUGUCAGAGCUGGGUCUGUGGGACUUGGAGCAGGCAACAGAUGUGCUGAUGGACUUCAGUCCAGACCUCCUGGAACCUCACUGCAGUCUGCUCUGGUGCUUGUGAUUGUUUUGAUCAGGAGGAGUCAGAAAAGGAAACCUGAAGCAAGAAUCUUCUCUUCAGUUUUGAAUUCUCUCUCCCACUCAGCUCCCUGCACAGUGUCCUUGAUCCACGCACAAAGAGCUGAAAUUAAGCCCUUUCCAAGUGUCUUGGCUGUCACCUCACAGCCUGACUCAUUCCCUCAUAAACCUAGGGCUGCAUUGAACCUCUCUGGUUAAAGAAACCCCUUUA